AUGGUGUGUUCAGGGGCAGAUCGUUGUAGGAGUGUUAUGUUGACAGUUUCUCUUGACAGCAUCCUGCAGGAUGUGCGCGCUCUGGAGCGAGGCACGGAGGCCGCCAGGAGGGAGUUCUCUGUGGAGAAAUACAACCCUGUGCUGCAGGCGUUCCUCAGCAGCAACACUGAGCUGCUCCAAUCCCUUAUCGGUGAUGGAAAAACUGCCCAGGAUGUGUAUGACUCUGCCGUGGAGUACUUUGGAGAGAACUCUAAAACCACGCCACCCUCCAUGUUCUUCCCUGUGUUUGUCAGGUUCAUCAAAGCAUACAAGCAAGCGGAGCAGGAGAACGAGCAGAGGAAGAAGCACCAUGUGCUGAACUGUGACGCUCCAACAACUCCACCCAAACCUGAAGUCAUGGGGAAUAAGGUAUCAAUGGCGUCCAAACUGCCGCAGAUGGACCUGAUAGCAGAGCUGAAGAAGAGGCAGGUGUCUCCUCUGGUGAGGGAGGGGAAGGACGGGGCCAUAGAGGACAUCAUCACAGCUCUAAAGUCCGUGCCCUUCACGGCGCGCUCUGCCAAACGCUCGUCCCGUCUCUUCUGCGACUCGGUGUUCAGCGACGAGAUUUAAGGAACCAGCCGUACAGACGGGCAGACGCCGGCCGACGCAGCGCCAAGUGGAAACCAGGACAACAGCUCCACGUGUCCUC